AGAGCCAAAUAAUCUUUGAAGAUUGGCAGUCUUUAAUAACAGAUCAACAGAGCUUUACAGCCAAGGAAAAUAUUGUGAGCUUUUGAAAUAUCUGAUUAGUGUAACAUGUCAGCAGGAGAAAAAUGUUAAUGUAAAGGACUAGGUUGGGGCCAAAAACGGGGAUUGUAUAUAUAUCAUCAUUUUCCAGAUAUAUACAUAUGUAAGCAUGAGUAAUUGCCAUAUUGCCCUAUUGGAGGCAGUACACAAGGGCGACAGCAGUCAGGUCGUCAACUUAUUACUGCAAGGGUGUGAACAAGGAGUGAUUGAUUCAGCACUUUGUUGGGCAAGUCGAUAUGGAAAUGUAGAAAUCUUAGAGCACCUGCUAAGAACAGGAGGCGACCCCAAUGCCAGGGUUUGGGGAGGAUUCACUCCUCUGCUGUGGGCCGUAAUGUACUCCUCAAACGCAGAUGUAAUUCACAUUCUCCUCCAAGCUGGGAGUGAUGUCAACCAUUUCUCGUCAAGAUAUCGUCAGACUGCCUUACAUGCUGCUGUUAUAAGAGGCAAUGAAAUGUUUGCUAGUUUGCUCUUAGAAGCUGGGGCAAAUCCGGACCUUCAGGACAGAAUGUUCAAGACCCCCCUUCUCCACGCUGUCCAGAAACGUCAACCAUCCUGUGUAGCGCUGCUGAUAAAACACAACUGUAAUGUUGACUUAUCAGGCUGGGUGUCAGGACUUAGCACCACUCCACUGACUCUAGCCUUGAUACAGGGGGACCUAGAGAUCACAAAAAUGUUAUUACUGGCAGGGGCUAAAUUCAGUAACCCAGCUAUUUAUCACUCAUUCACUAUCGAACAGUACUAUAAAACGGUGGAGGAUAAUCUUGAUAUAGAUGUACGACCCGUGUACCUACAACAGCAGUGUCGAGUCUGUAUCAGACAGCUGCUCAAACCACACUUCCUGCAGAAGCUAAGGGAGCUCACUCUUCCUCGUCCAUUAAAAGGCUUCUUAGAAAUAUCAGAACUUGACAGUGUUAAUGAAUCCAUGGCUUAAUUAAUCCUUAAUGAUUGUAUCAAAUAAUACAUUGAAUUAUUUGUUAUGAAACUAUGACAUUUUCAGAAAAUAUAUUUGCAGUGUACAAUAUUGUACAAUAUUAUACAUUUAUAAAGAAUACUAAGAAAGUUAAGGAUACUCGAAAUUUGUUUUAGUACUAUCACACUGGCUACAAUUAAGUUAGCAAUUGAUAAUAUGACAAAAACAGAGUAAAUGCAUUAAUAUAAAAUAUAAGGAAACUGCCUGGAUAUAAAAAUUAUUAUUUUCACUUUGAAAUAAAAUUGGUCUUAUUUGCAUUUAAUGAUGCAAUAAAUUGUAUUACCAGGUAAUUUUUAUGAGAACUAUAAUGAGAAAAGUUCAAACAAAGUUCUUUCCUUACUUUGUCCAGACACUGAUUAUUUAUUAUCAACUAUAUAUAAUUGGCUGAGGAUAGAUUUGAGACAGGAUUGUUCUCUAAAUUACCUUUGUAGUGAUUACCAGUGAUCAUGAGCCAAUGCUUUGACAAGGGACUUUAAAUAUAAACCGGUACCCUGUGAAAUAUCAGGUACAAGAAAUGUGUUCCGUUUUUUUGGUACAAAACCCAAUUAUUAUACCUUUGUAUCUCAAUCUACAAUUUUGUUAAGAUGUUAUUUUUGUUAGUUUUGUUUUGUUUAUAAAAAAUAAAAGUGUAUUUAUUUAU